AAUUAAUAUAAUCAGUGUACAAUUCAGUCAUCGUCCUAUUCUCUCUCCCUAAUAUUAAAUGCAGAUUUAUUCAGAAACAGCAGAUGAUUUUCUGGAGGUGUAAUGUUUAUUUCAUAAUACGUAGCCUAUAAUAAGUUUUAGCCUCUUCAUUAAAAAAAAAAAAAGCAGAAUUCAGCAAACAGCAUCUCUUUGUGAUGGUGGAGCAGACGUUCAUUGUUUAUCUAAUAAUAGUCACCAGACAGUCUCCUCUGUGUGACAAUGAUGUGACAGAUGUGAUGGUGUGAAUGGUGGAUCUAUUGUAUAUAGCCUCUCUGUCAGACAGUCUUUGUUCUGGUUAUUAUAGUCUUAUGACACCAUGCAGGAGAUGGUGACACACACACACACACAAACACACACACGCACACACACACAGUUUCUUAAUAAUUGUUUUUCUUUUCUUCAUCAGCCGAUGGAUAUCAGCACGUGGCCUCUACGUCACAUGAACAUCAGCACCUCGGACAGCAGCCUCCUCUCAGUGUGGAGCUGCCUGCUGAGGAUGGAGCUCAUCCUCUCAGCUGCAGCAUGGAGGUGCUUUAAUGCAAAUCUGCGGUAUGUAACUGUAACUGUACAGAUGAAGUUUUUGCAAGAAAAAAACGACUGAAAAUCAAGUUUUAACAAGCUGGAGAUCCUGGACACGUCGCAUUUCUAUUGUCCCACUGAAAGGCCUUUGAUUUAUUCUGGUGAAGAUUUGAUGAUUUGUUUUUAACAACCCGGAAGGGACGUUUUUGCAGUCGACUCAUUUUUUGCAGGAAUCCAUAUCUGACUCUCUCUCUUCUCUUUGUGGCGCAGAGAUGGAUGGAAAAAAACUGUGAGUGCAAGUUGUCGUGCAAUGGAUUUUUUUUUUUAUUAUUAUUGUUAAUUUUUCAUAUCUAACAUGCAACGCUGCUGGAUUGUAACUUAAUUGUCGGAUAAGGUGAUAAAAGAAGAGGAAGAAGAAGAAGAGUGAUGAUGAUGAUGAUGAUGAUGGAUGCCUACUGCGAGACAACAAAGGAUGCACGCGUGUCACCUCGUGUAGUUUCAUGUCCCCUGUAGGUAAAUGGGAGAAACUCAGAUAUAAAUCGGCUUUGACUUAAUAGGAUUUAAUAUCAACCCCCCACAUCCUCUGACACCCUCUCUGCUUUCCCCUCCUGUAGAAGAACAAACAACAAUUUUAUCCUCUGUUGAUUUAAAAAAAGGAACACUUGGAUGCUGAUAAAAAAAAACAAAAUGAUAAUGUAAUUAUGGGAGGAUGAUGAUGUUGGACCCUUCUGACUCUGAUUUCUCUCAGCCUCCAUUGGCUCCAUCCAGGAGAAAUAGUGCUUCCCUAUUGGCUGGAUUGCGGUGCACAUGCUAUAACAACAGGAUAUGCAAAGAGCUAUGGGCUGAUCUAAUAGCCUAUCAUGGUUCAGGCAUGCUUUUUUGACCGAGAUCUGUGUUUUAUUCAAUAGGAAUGUGGACUGCCUGAUCAAAUGGUUUGGAUGCCAUAAUAAUAAUAAUAAUAAUAUUAUAUAAAAUGAUGAUGAUGGUACUUUAUAUUGGAGCUGCCACAGUCAAGCUGAAGGCUGUUUUGUCUCUCAGAGCAGUUGUGUCUGUGUAGUAUAAAGCUGCUGAAGAAUGUUCAAGUAUCGCAUCCGGAUGUUUUUCAAUGAACUCAAAGUGUUGGUACUGAUGCGCUCCGGAUCAAGCAGGAGGACCGAGUCGGGCACGGACCCGGACACGCAGACCCGGAUGAGAGGGCUCGCUAUGGGAGGCUGUGGCUGGCCCCCCUUGAGCUGCUCCCACCGGGACGAUGAGGAAGAGUAUUACGGCUCUGACUCCCGGCCACGUAGCCUGGCUCUGGAGGAGACAGAGGAGGACAAAUCCGAGGGAGGAGGAGGAGGAGGAGGAGCUAGCGGAGGCCUGGACGCAUCGUCCCUCCCGAGUCUCUCAGAGAGCGGUUGGCGAUCACCGCAGUGCCGGAUCUGCUUCCAGGGGCCGGAGAAGGGAGAGCUGUUGAGCCCUUGUCGCUGCGCCGGCUCUGUGCGCUGUACUCACCAGUCCUGCCUUAUCCGCUGGAUCAGUGAGAGAGGCUCCUGGAGCUGUGAGAUCUGCUACUUCAAGUACCAGGUCCUGGCCAUCAGCACCAAAAACCCACUUCAGUGGCAGGCCAUCUCUCUGACUGUGAUCGAGAAGGUGCAGAUCGCGGCCAUCAUCCUGGGCUCGUUGUUCCUCAUCGCCAGCAUCUCCUGGUUGGUGUGGUCGUCUCUCAGCCCUUCAGCCAAAUGGCAGCGGCAGGACCUCCUCUUCCAGAUAUGCUACGGCAUGUACGGCUUCAUGGACAUCGUUUGUAUAGGCCUUAUAAUCCAUGAAGGAUCGUCUGUUUACCGGAUCUUUAAGCGCUGGCAGGCGGUGAACCAGCAGUGGAAAGUGCUGAAUUAUGAGAAAGCGAAGGACUUAGGUGACCCCAUCAGUUCCAGCAGUAAAGGUCGCGGUGAGAGGAACUCGGACAGCGGACGAAGGGCGAGUCGACAUGUCAGGACUAUCCUCAACCACCACUGUGGCUACACCAUUUUACACAUCCUCAGCCAGUUAAGACCCAACAGCCUGCGCAGAGCCAACCAUGAGGUGGUCAUGAGGGUGACCACCGUAUGAGGCUCAGUUAUACAGACAACGAAAGUGUUCCAAUGUUUAAGGAGGAGAUCAAAGUGCUGAUUUGGAUUUCAUUAACAAAAAAAAAUCCUAAUCUGCCACGUAAACACUGCCGUUAACUUCUAGUCUCACAGAAUCUCCCUGAGCUCAAAGUGGACAACGAGAAAUAUUUAUGAGAUUUGGGCGAUGGGAGAACGUUGCAGUUUUAUCUGAGUCUGCAAAAACAAGACAAAUAAGAAAAAAAAUUAUUAAUUUUGAAAAAGAAAAAGCUUUGAUUCUUAAAGCUAUUAACAUUUUUACCACCAUGUUACAAAAUGUCAAUGAAAUGUUUUUGCUUUCUAAAGAAAAAAUAAAAUGAAUGUCAUAAAGUUUGAUUUGGAUUUUACUCUAUAAUAGAGAGUUUGAUGGUGAAAACGAUUGUGAAUAAUGGCUCCCCCCUAAUUUAUUCAAUGUAUUCCUGAGAGUCUGCAUCGAUGGAUCAGAUAUUAAAAAGCCCAAUAAAACUUUGAGACGAGACACAAAUGCUUAAAAUAUACCCUUGAAGUACAGUUCAUGUUUUGUAAUAAAGACUUUGUUGAUCUCAAAGGAAAA